CGAAGUGUGUCUAGCUUGAAUAUUCAGUUGUAAAAUACAAACACUCGGCAAACAAUAGAAAUGGAACAAAAUGAAAGGCGAAAGCAAAAAAAAGCCCACCCGAAGGACAGGUCUAAUUUUUUAUCACACUUUUUAUUCUGUUGGGAGCUACCAAUUUUAUUAAAAUCGUAUUCAUUCACUGAAAACAACUUGUACGAAGCUGCGAAAGAACACAAAGCUACAGCUCUCGGAGACAAGUUGGAAUUUUUUUGGAAGGAAGAAGAAAAUUGUCAAAAGCGCCCGUCACUAACGAGGGCUCUUUUAAAAAGCUUUGGUAAAGAAUAUUUAUUACAAGGGUUUAUACUUUUACCAUUUGAUCUUGGAGUGAUGUUAGCUGUUUCUGAAGUUGAUGGCAUGUCACCUACACGUCUUAGUUUCAGGUUACUACGACCUUAUUGUAUGAAGAAGUUUUUGAACUGCUUUGCACAACAAGAGUGCGCCGGCGGAAUCGAAAUAUAUCUGGUUACUUCGUUAAUUCUUUCAGCAAAUCUGUUGCAAGUGUUAUAUUUUCACUGGUUUUAUUUGCAGUUUAGUUCUUUUGGAAUCAAAGUAAGAGUUGCUUGUUCUUCGUUAAUUUACAGAAAGUGUCUCCAGAUGAAGAGACAGUCGUUUAAAAAAGAAUCUGUUGGACAAGUAGUAAAUCUGUUUAACGAUGUAAACAGAUUCAACGAUGUUUUCAUCGUUUGUCACUACCUGUGGAUUACACCAUUAAAAAUUUUUAUUUUUCUCUAUUAUAUGAACGCCCUUUUAGGAUCCACAGCACUUACAGGAACUGCGAUAAUUAUUAGUUACUUUUUAGUACAGUUGGUUGUCUCUAAACAAAUGUUUUCGAGAAAAAUUGAAGUGGCUUUGAAAACCGACGACAGAAUUCGUUUGAUAAAUGACGUUAUCUAUGGAAUACAAACAAUGAAGAUGUACACGUGGGAAACACCUUUUUCUAAACUUGUUAAAGCUGCUAGAAGAUCUGAAAUGAAGGCACUAAUUAAAGCUAAUUUAAUAACAAUUAAUAAUGACACUAUCAGGUUGUAUGUUACAAAAAUUGCACUUUUUUUAUGUGUAAUGAGCGCCAUUUUGACUAAGGUGUCUUUAACGCCUGAAUACAUUUUCCCUCUGAUGAGUAUAUACGAAAACCUAAACCUAAUGGGCGUGCUACGCUUUCAGGUAGCUGUAACUUACUAUACAGACACUAAAACUUCCGUUGCCCGCAUUCAAGAAUUUCUUCUUUCGGGACGCAAAAAAACUUCUUUAAGGAAGCCAUCGAAAACCACUGAGACUUGCAGUCCAAAGUCAUACCAAAGUUCUGAACAAAGUGUUUAUGGAAUUCAUCUUAACAACAUCAACGUGACUUUCGAUACCUCCCCUGUGUUGCAAAAUGUCACAUUUUCAGCCUUUCCUGGAGAUCUAGUUGGAUUAUCAGGAAAAUCUGGAAGCGGGAAGUCAACACUCCUGCAAGUCAUCCUCCAGGAAAUUAAAGCGAAAGGCUCGAUUGCCGUCGGAGGAAAAAUUUCGUACGCGUCCCAAGAAGCUUGGAUUUUUUCCGCAAGCAUUAAACAAAACAUUCUUUUCGGGGAAGAAGAAGACGAGAAGAAAUAUCUCAGAGUGAUUCGAGCGUGUGCUUUGGAACACGAUUUGUCUCUUUUCGCUAACGGUGACCAAACUCUCGUCGGUGAACGAGGAGUGAUGUUGAGCGGAGGCCAAAAAUCGAGGAUAAAUUUAGCCAGAGCUGUGUAUCGAGAUGCUGAUAUUUAUUUAUUAGACGAUCCUCUAGCUGCUGUUGAUGCCAGUGUGGCGCAACACAUCUUCAAUGAGUGUAUUUUGGGGUACUUGAAAGACAAGUGCGUAGUUCUGGUGACCCAUCACUUGAAGUACUUGAGGAACGUCAAAAAACGAUAUAUUAUAGAUAAAGGAAAAGUGAUCGAGGAAGCUUUAAGUGAAAGUGUUUUUAUGGAACCUGAUAAAGGAACACUCGAAGAAGACGUUGUCAAAUCUCACAAUUUGCCUCCCGAAAUUUCUGAAAGUGCUACAACCAAAUACAGCACACAACAAAUUUACAGGAAGUAUUGUUUUUUUGGAAACCACUGGAUUCGAUCAAGUUUGAUAAUCAUGCUACUUUUAUUAACUCAGUCCUUGAGCUGCUUCAUCUCUGUGUUUGUUGUUUUUCCAGCAAUUUCAAACAAAACAGAGGCGUUCUAUUUUUUUAACUUGACAUUAGAAAGUUUCUUAUAUGUUUCUGCGUCUCUGAUUGUUCUUCUCUUCUUGCUUAAUCACACCCUAUCUGUGAUAUUUAUGACACAUUGCAUGUCUGUAUCAAAAAAUUUACACAAUUCCUUGUUGGACAAAAUUUUGGCAGUUCCGGUGAAAUUCUUCAACGAGCAUCCUUCUGGAAGGAUUCUUAACCGGUUCUCGCAAGACGUGGGUUGCAUUGAUGUAAUUGUACCCAUCUGUUCGCACGAAGUGGUGAGAACAGCCUUUGACGCACUUGGAACAGUGAUAGUUAUAGUAAUUUUAAAUUAUUGGUUAAUAUUACCAACGUUGGCAGCCAUUCCUUUGAUUUAUUUCUCCACUUGGCUCUUUCAACCGCUCAACAGAAAUCUAAGAAAGCUGGAAGGAAUCUCUAAAAGUCCUAUUCUGACUUACGUCGUUACUUCGUUGCGCGGACUUCAAACAAUACGAGCUUUUAACAAACAAAAAGUUUUAAUUGAAGAAUUCGAAUACCACCUAGACACUCAUUCCUCUGUUUUCUACUUAUUUAAGUCUUUGUUUUUUACUUACGCGUUUUGGAUCGAUUUAAUAUGCUUCAUAUAUUCCACAAUUGUGACUUUCAGUUUUUUAACUUUCAACACAGAGACAUCGGUAGCAAAUAUAGGUUUAGCAGUCAGUCAAGCAAAUUCCUUGGUAGGUUUAAUCCAAUACGUUAUGAAAACGUGGAGCGAAUUAAGUGCCAACAUGACUUGUGUAGAACGAGUACUAGAAUACAUAGAACUGCCGCAAGAACAAGACGACGGUACUUUCGUACCACCACCAUCGUGGCCCCAAGUCGGACAAAUCGAAUUUAAAUCAGUUUCGAUGCGAUACGCUCCAGACAAACCUUUAGUACUAAAAAAUAUUCAGAUUAAAAUUCACCCAGGGGAAAAAGUGGGAAUCGUUGGCAGAACUGGAGCCGGAAAAAGCUCUCUGGUGUCCACUCUGUUUCGUUUAACGCAUUUCGAAGGUCAGAUUCUCAUAGAUAACGUAGACACCAAAAUCGUACCGCUGAAUGUUUUGCGAUCAAAAAUCACCAUCAUUCCACAAGAUCCGAUAUUAUUCCUAUGUCCUUUAAGAAAAAAUUUAGAUCCGUUUGACGAAUUUAGUGAUUAUCAAGUUUGGAGUGCCUUGGAGGCUUUCAACUUGAAAGCGUUUGUAGCAAAUUUGCCACUGGGUCUUCAGACUCUGGUGGACGAAGGUGGUACCAACUUUAGCGUAGGACAGAAGCAGUUGUUGUGUUUGUCGAGAGCGAUGUUGAAGAAAACUAAAAUUUUUGUCUUGGAUGAAGCUACCGCUAACGUUGAUUUGCAAACUGAUGAAGCAAUUCAGGCCACCAUUCAUGAAAAAUUUAUGGAUUGCACAAUUUUGGUGAUAUCACAUCGCUUGGAUACUGUUAUGGAUUCCGAUAAAGUAUUAGUUUUGGAUGAUGGUAGGGUUGUGGAGUUUGGAAAACCUGAGGAAUUGUUGAUAAAUCAACAUGGAAUUUUUUCUCAAGCUGUACAGCGACAUGUAGAAAAGUGAAUUUUUUUUCUGUAAUAA